GAAAUUGCCGAUAGCUUGACGUUAGUAUCCUACAAAAUGACAGAUGAGAAAGACGUUUGGAAAAGUCGGUAUUAUCGUAUUCCUAGAACAUAUUUGAUUCUAUCGGGUUUAUGGCCGUAUCGCAGACUUUGCGACAGAUAUAUACACUUUAUACCGACAUUUAUACUCUGUUUUAGUAUUCUGAUACCACAGUUACUAUACGUACUAAUAGCCUCAAUAAAUGUCGAUGACGUAAUGGAGAGUCUACCAUCAGCGUUAAUCAGCUUGGUAUUCAGUUAUAAAGUGGCGACUAUAAUGUUUAAUAAUAAAAAAGUAAAAUAUUGCCUCAAAAGAAUAGAAAAGGAUUGGCAAUCGUUAAAUACAGAUGUAGAAAAGACUAUUUUGCAACACCAUUCCGAAUAUGGACAAUAUUUAGCAACGUCUUAUGCAAUCUUCAUGCAUAUAGUGCAAGUUUGUUUCUUAUUAAAACCAAUCGCUCUGACGUUGUUAGAAAACAAUAUCACAAAUUCUACAAAAUCUAUAUCAAAACUGCCAUUUCUUGUGGAGUACGGAGUGGAUAUAGAUCAAUAUUUUUAUCUAAUAACGAUUCACUGUUAUCUAGCUGUAUUCGCUCAUGUAUUUAGUACAAUCGCAGUCGAUACCUUAUAUUACAUAAUUCAACAUGCCUGCGGAUGUUCUCAAUCACUGGUAAGAUAUAUAUUGGAAGAAAUUGGUAAAACUAAUGACACUAAUUUUCAUUUGAAACUAAACAAGAUAACAGACAACGAUUACAAGAAAGCAUUAAAUUGCUUACGUAGACAUUUGCGAGUAAUAAAAUUUGCGGAAUUAAUCGAAUCAACAUUUUCAAAUGUAUUUCUGAUCAGCAUUAAUAUUAAUAUGAUUUGUGGAAGUAUAUGCGGUAUAAAAAUAAUACUGAAUUUGGGAAAUGCUGAAGAUAUAACAGCACCUUUGGCAAUCUAUGUAGCGCAACUUGUUCAUAUUUUUCUACAAUUUUGGCAAGCUCAGUUUUUGUUAGAUUACAGCACUGUUCCAUGCGAAUCUAUUUGCAGAGGAAACUGGUAUUUUACUUCAGAAAGAUGCCGCAAACUCUUUCUUUUAAUUAUGAGUAGAACUAUGUCACCAUGCAAAAUAACAGCUGGUAAAAUUAUAAUAUUAUCAAUUGAAAACUUUGCUACAAUUUUGAAAACCUCGAUGUCUUGGUUUACAAUGUUACGUUCCUUCCAACAAUAAUGCUACGAAAAAAACUAUAAUUAUAUUAUUAACAACAUUUUCGUG